UACAAGGCAUUUUAGACAUGUAUUCACAAUAUAUGACAUGCAGAUAAACAUUUUUAAAAAACGUAGACAAGAUUAUGUGGACAAAAGACAAAACAUUUAUUGACUUUUCGGUUGCGUCAUAUUAUCAAAAGAAUUGUACAGGACCUUAUUAAAAGUGAUCAAGAUAAGUUUGACUUGAUUCUGACAGUAGCGGCAGUGUGCGUGUUGGGAACGAGGCUCCAGGCAGGGGCCGCUUCCUGGGUGCGUUAGAAGCGUCACGCAGGACAGCGUUGAAGUGGUUAGACGGGCGAUGUGACGGCGACUUUUGAGAAGAUAAGUUUAGAGCAGAGGGCAGACGAGGGCAGCCCCGUGAGGGCAAGUGUGUGCUGUGGCGCUCCUGUUAGCGAAAGAUGAACAAGAACCACCGAGUGCCGAGCAACCGGACUCUGGGCGCCGUGGAGGUGAAGAGCAAGUUUGGGGCUGAAUUCCGCCGGUUCUCCCUGGACCGGUCCAAGCCGGGCCGGUUUGAUGAGUUCUAUAGGCUCCUACAGCACAUGCACCGGAUCCCAAACGUGGACCUGCUGGUGGGCUAUGCUGACGUCCACGGUGACCUGCUGCCAAUCAACAACGAUGACAACUACCGCAAAGCUAUCUCCGUGGCUGACCCCGUGCUACGCCUCUUCCUGCAGAGGAAAGAGGAAGCCGACUACUCUGCGUUUGGUCUGGACUCUCUGACCCGUCCCAAAAAGACGGUCCUAGCAGCCAUGUUGCUACGGCCUGAUGCCAACCGGAAGAAGCCCCUUGUGAUCAUCAGCCUGCCCAGGGACUUCAGGCCUGUCUCCUCCAUCAUCGAUGUGGAUAUCCUCCCUGAGACACACCGCCGGGUUCGCCUCUACAAGCACGGCCAGGAGAAACCGCUGGGCUUUUACAUCCGAGACGGCUCCAGUGUCCGGGUCACGCCCCAGGGCCUGGAGAAGGUUCCUGGGAUCUUCAUCUCCCGCAUGGUGCCUGGGGGCCUGGCUGAGAGCACUGGCCUGCUGGCCGUCAACGACGAGGUUCUGGAGGUCAACGGCAUCGAGGUGCAAGGCAAGUCCCUGGACCAGGUGACAGACAUGAUGAUCGCCAACAGCCACAAUCUCAUCGUGACUGUGAAGCCGGCCAACCAGCGCAACAACAUCGUACGGAGUGGCGGGGCAGCGUCCGGGAGCUCGGGGCACUCGUCCGACAGUGGCACCAGUUUCUACGGCUACUCCUCCCCGGGCAUUGCCUUGGCGACGACUCCGGCAGACAUCAUCCAGAACUUCCAUCCAGAGGAGCUGGAGAGUGAUGAGGAUGAUGAGGACCUGGUGAUAGAGGUGGACGGAGAUGCCAUGCCCAUCCCACGGACCUCCUCGGCCAGCUGUACCAUACCCUUCAUUCCUCGCUACAUGCCCCACCUGGACCUCCGCACCACCAACGGAGCCCUGGCCUCCCACAACCGCUCCGGCUCACUGGGCGCGCUCAGCACUGCCGACAGGGGCCUGGAGGGAAGGAGCUUAGAGGAGGAAGGCACCGUCAUUACACUGUAAACACACACUGUCGUAAGUUGCACAGUAUUUACGGGAACGCAAACACAUAGUCUGACAUACACUGAAGCGUACCCUCAUGCAUACACAAAGAACGACAACAUCCACACAUGCGUUGCCAUAGUAUCGACACCGCCCUCCCUAUGCUGUCUGACAGACACAUUGAUUACCCGUGGAGUUUUGUGUGGAGGAGGAAAGUGACUCUGCCUCUGAGAAAGGCCUCCAACUUCUCAUAGAAACAAGUGCUUUUUAUGGUUGUCAAUUUCGUAAGGGGGAGACUGUGUUUCUGUGGUCUUCCACUUGAGGGCAGCAAUGAGAUGCUAUACUGUUGUUUGUGAACCAUAGGAAAGGACUGAUUUUAAUGAACAAACGAAUGAAUGAAUGAAUGAAUAUAUGAUUGCAGAUAUCUUUAGGCUUUGACCUUUCCCUAGCUAUUCUGCCCUGGUUUGUUUGAUAGAGGAGACUACAUUUCACAAUCUGCUUUUGCCUUGUCACUUUGCAAAUGACAACAACCACUCCCCUAGGAGAUUACAGCUUGUGAUUUGGGAACAAAAGUAAUAGCUUCUAUCCUACAUGUUACCAUACUAACUACCAAAGAGUAGAGGUCUGCAAUAACACUCAGAUUUUAGUCAGAGGAGAAACAAUGUAUAUGGGUCUCUCCAUGGACCCGGACAUUAACCACUUCCUGUGUUUCGUCUCCAAGCUUUUAAUGUUGAUAAUCACAAGGAAAAAAACUAGACGCAAUUAUGAAAAGCAACUGAAAUGACAAUCUCUUAAAGGGGCAAUCUGUAAUUGCUACAUCCAAUUUUAGACUUUUAAAUGAAUUAUGUAUGUCUGUGUAUGUGUGUAUGUAUGUGUGUGUGUGUGUGUGUGUGUGUGUGUGUAUAUAUAUAUAUAUAUAUAUAUAUAUAUAUAUAUAUCAUUACAUUACAUUGAUUCUUGAAGAAUAUAACUAAUAAAAGCCUUGUGAGCUUAGUUCUAUUGUCGAACCCCAUCAGAAUCCAAAAUAUAAGCUUGUUAUACCUCUUUGUUUGUAGACUAGGUAAAUACAAACAAACACUGUAUAGCCUCAACAUGGUUAGAACUAUAAUUUUGUUAUCAUGGAUUGUCAUUCCUUGUAUCUGUAGGUUUGUCCAUGGGUUCGAGAGUGUUUUCAUUUCUAUAAACCCCAUCCUUCAGCCUUCUACCAAAAUAGUGAUGGGGUCAGUUUUGUUGUUUUAAACCGCAGAUUUCCGCUUUAAAUAUUUUCAUUCUAUUUCUUUUACGGUUUUAUUUCAAUCUAAAAAUGGUUCACUGUAUGAUUUUUAAAAUUUAGUUGAAAAUAAGUAUCAAUUCACCGUCACGGAUCAAACACCUCAUCUGACAGGUGUGCUGUCCCUGCCUGGAUGAAGAUCCAUCUUGUUUUUCAUCCAACUUCUCUUUCCUCACGACAAGGGCAAUUUCCCCACUUCGUGUACAUAGUGUGACAGAAUGUGAUUGUAAAUGUGAUUCUCUGAUUUCUCAGACCAUGACGCUUCACUCAUCUCAGCAUGUUCUCUCUUUCGCUCUCUCAUCUGUCUGUCUGGUUUGGGAGGAUGUAUUUGUAACAACAGAUGGUGGCUUUCUUAGUUUUCCAACUCUGAGUUCACUUGGAUGUGGCCUGAAUCAUUCACAUUUGAAGAGUGUCCUCGCUUCAUGUACAAUAUUUAUUCACUAUUUCAUUGUAUAUUGUUUGGAGUAACCCCUCAGUCGAUCUUCAACAGAAUGUGAUACUGGUAUAGAUGACUAGCUGGACUGUGACACUGAGUACUACAGAGACGUUACGUAACUUAGAGCUAGGACGCUAGUGACCCCAGCAAGAAUGGAUGGGACUGUUAUAGAACCCAGUCUGCAGAAAGAAGUUAGAUUAUUUUGUCUUGCCCACGCUCUCACACAUACCGACCCGGCCUCUGUGUUUGAGUAAGGUGGAGUUUGUCUAGCGCUAUGCAUUAUGACUUGGAUCAGGUGAGCACAGGUCUAUUCCCACUUGAUCCUGGUCACAUGACAUCACCUGAUGACUGUACCUACCUGUUCAGGAAGGUGAACACCAGCAAGUUCAUUAGAAUGUCAUUAGUGUAGAGCUAACAGACUUCCCCAAAACACAAGACAGGAUAGCACUGCAGAACAUCCUCAUUCCAAUAGAUUGUAGUUUUAUUCUGUGUGUUUAGUUGCCAGUGAGCUUGUUGUGAAGUAUAAUGAGAAUUUAGACUAAGGCUCUACUCAACAUGUAAACAUUAAAUGACGCUAACAGACUCCACUGAGAGCAGAUGGUGUAUCGAUGUCCAUUUCUCCUAUUGCUUUUUGCAAUCCUCUCUGAUGGGGAAGCUAAAUGUACUGGGAACAGUUGCCUCCCUCACCCCCUCUCUCCUUCUCAGUCUGACUGCAAUGGGUCUUACCCGCAGAAAUACCUGAUGAGAAUCAGAAACACUGGAUCACUGUAAUCAGACAUGCCAUCUACCCAGAGAAGGGUAUCAUGUGAA